ACAGGUACCAGACACAAUUAGAUGAUGUAGAGAUGGCCGAGGACAGCCGAGCUGUACGGAUUUUGUCUGAUUUGUGUGGCGUUUUACGUCGAGAAAAGAAUGUACACGACUUUGGCUUUGUCUACUGCCCUGAGCCAUUGUGUAACAAGAGCCCUAUCGUAGUGGUUGAUGGGAACUUGGGCAUUGAGACAUGGAGCAUUAAACCUCUGUACUUUCAUGCCUACUCACAACUCUUCCACAGCAAGCACAGACAACAUGACUUGAAAAGGUCAGGUGACUGCAGCAUGGCUGUUCUCCUACUUAAUCCUGAUUGCCUCUCUGCAUGGAAUCUCAGGAAACAACUUGUCUUGAACAAAUACUUAAAAGCAGAGGAGGAGUUGAACCUUGCCCGACUGGUCUUGUCAAAGCAUCCCAAGAGCACAGAGACAUUCAGCCAAAGACGUUGGCUCCUGCAACAGUUAUUUCCUAUCGCAAAGCUAGAAAAAGGCAAUGCCCCCAGAACUGAGUUCCCAGAGGAUAACCUGGCAGGACUUCAUCCCAGUGUGGCUGACAGUUUACAAGAACAAGAUGGAGAGAAUGCCCACAGGCAACCACAUGAUGAGACGCUGAUGAUAUUCGUCAGGGCCGAGAUGGAGGUUUGCGAAUUGGCUGCUGGCCGGUACCCAAGCAACUACAAUGCCUGGAGCCACAGGAUAUGGGUUGUUGAGCAUCUAGCUGGUUGCCCGCCACAGUUCCUGAAGUCUGAGUUAAGAGCCACCAAGUCCUGGGUGUCUUCUCAUGUGUCUGAUCACAGCGGCUUCCAUUAUCGGCAGUUUCUCCUCGGCACGUUGACGGGGCUUUCCCGGCCCAACCGUCUGUACCCUGGAUCUCCCCUAAGGUCCGGCUUGGGGUCUGACACCGCUCUUCCUGGGAGUCUCAUCCUGGAGGAGCUACAGCUCAUCCUAGAGCUGGUGAUGUCUUACCCUGGGCACGAGGCCGUGUGGUAUCAUAGGCGGUUUGUGGUUUAUCUGCGGAAGACACUUUUAUGCAGUGGAUCUGUAGCAGCUGUGGAUCAAACUACUGGAAGCCUGGGAGCUUAUGGUGGUGUUGAAUUAUUGCACAUGGAGACAUCAUCACUAGACAAAGCUUCAGUCAAGGAUUGCCCAACUGCAGAUCAGUCACAGCAGAAGCAGCAGAUUGGAAACUGUCCAACUGGGAAACAACCGAUUGAGAAUCAGCCAAUCAAGAAUCGGCCACUUGCACGACGGCCCUUCAAGAAUGGGCAAAGUGAAGCCUGUGGAGGAGAUUCUCAAACAGACACUGGAGAAGAUUUUCGAAGAAGAGACGCCAUGUUUCCUGCUAUGCAACUCCCUUCAAGAUGCUCUCACGAUAGGUCCUUACUGCAGCCAGCCAGUGAGCAAGUCUCAGAUCAGUUGCCUCCUGUCCAGACCUCUGUUCAAGUGACUUCCAAGAGGCCAGAGGGAGUAUCUUCCCUUGCGCACGAUGUCUUGCCCAGUGAGGUCCUAUGGCUGGUUCAGCAUGAGAGGAGGUUCGCUGACAUUGCUGUGGAUGGCACAGCUCGGUCAGAGAGACCAGCACAACAACGAUGUGCAGAAAACUACUGCCGUUGGUUAGAAAACUUGCUGACAACCAGUGGUCAGUAGGCAAUAUUUUCAACUGAUUUGGGGUUCUGAAACACCAACCACUUUUGCAAUACUAACAGAAGUACGGGGUCUGUUUACGGAAAUAAAGUAUGUGAUGAAACUCACGUUUCAAAAAAGUAUGUGAUGAAACAUUACAGAUUGGAGAUUGACUCAAAUUUAAUUCCUUGAACAUUUACAUGUAUGUAUCAUCACUGCCGUGCAGCCACACUAAAUUAUGUUCCUUCCAUGCGAAGAUACCAAGACGUUUGUGCACAUGUGAUGAAAUUUGAUUGCGUGGCCUUCACACCGUCUGGUGCCAGUGUGCAUGUAACACGUCAUUCCUCUGCUCAAGUGAGGAGGUCCCAAGAGACUGUGUACAGUUCUGCACUAAAUUCACACAGAAGUUUGAUUUAAACAGUUAAACAUAAUUUGACUAACUUUGGUUGAAGGCACGGUUGUUGAUGAUGGUUGGACUAAUCUUGUUCAUUAACCAGGACCAGCCUACCAUGAAAUGCUUCUACUAGAAUCAUUAAAAUUAAUUUAUUGGAAGGUGCUCUCAAUCAGUCCAGAAUCUUAUCUGAGCAGAUGUGGGAAGUUUGUACUUAAUCUUGUUAUGAAAUCGUGUGUGCAUGAAACUGAAAUUUUGGUUUAAACUCAGUUUUUAAUUAACAGAAUUAAUGAGACUUUAUGUCCACACAUUGGAUAAGGCACUUUGUGUUUUAUAGAUGCACCAAGUGUGUGUUUUAUGAUUUUGUGCUGUACAAAAAUUACUAAUAUUCGUCUUUCAACAGUUGCAUGAUGGUAUUCUUUCCAUAGACGUACUGGUGUCUUCCUUAAAGUUUGGUUUUUAAAUCAGCUGUUGAGACUGUGUGUGAUCCAGUGGAACUUUUUAACCUUCAAUGCAAGUUUUUAAGUGUCUACAAGUGUUAAGGUGUUACGAUUUGUGUUACAUACAUGUUGGGGCUGGGCAUGAAAGUGUUCAGGUUUAACACCACAUGUAAGUGUCCCAAGCUAAAGUGAAAAACGUUUGAUGGAGAGCAGUAUAACUCGGUUUCAGCAGAAUCUCCAAGAAAGUUUCAGGAGAGUUCAUGAGAAUUCAUUUUUUCCACUCUGAAGUCACAGUUAUCACAGAUGAAACAGUUUAGCGGGCUCUGUGAUGCACUUUAACCUGGUCAAAUGGCGCACUAUUGGCUUUGUCCACAAGACAGGCAUUGCGAAUCAAAAGUGAGUCAAUCCCUGUUCAAGUUUUUGUAAAAUUUGACAUAUGGGAAUUAAGAUGAAUUAAAGGGACAUCCUUGUGCUCCCAUGGGUACUUUCAAAUCACGAUUAAAAAGUCACAUCCUCUUUAAUGAGUAAUAAAAUAUUUAUUUUUUUCAAAUUGAGGCUGUACAUGUAAUCAUAGCCGUAUAGUCAGACUCAUUCCCACUUCCAAGAGUUCAUUAAAUAAAGUGGAUUCAGGGAACACCACCAUGGGAACUUGCAUAUUAUGCUAAACGCACAAGGGAAGGGGACAUCUAAGACAAAACCAUACUUUUUUUUCCUCAGGUGACGAUUGCCAUUGUCUCAUUUCUCUACCACAUACUGCAUGCUAUCUUGAAAUGUUAUAGAAUCCAUUUCUUUUCAGACGUGCUUGAUCCUUGAAUACUAUCGGAUUUGAAAUGUCUUCGGAAUUGUCAGGCACUGUCAGGGAUAAAGUCUCAAAGAAGGAUAUCUUACUACUAGAGUUGCAAAUAUCCCCCUGCACACAGCAGGGACCUGGGACAGUGACAUUUGUACACAUUUGAUGAGAGUGAGCGAGAUCAUAGUUAACCGUGGUUCUGAACAAGGUCUAAGUAGGCUCAGCUCAAAACCAUACUACACUACAGAGUGCACUCAACAGUUCCCACACAAAGCCUAUAGGGAGCAAAGGUAACAGCAGUUAAAAACGGGACAGCAAUCCUCUUGCAGCGCAAACACGUUCUGAAACUUUAUUUCCAAUAUUUCAUUGGAUACUGUCAUUUAGUAUGGGGAUGGAACAUUACUUCAGGCGGUCUUUAUUUUACAAUUUUACAGUAAGUUCUAAAUAUCUAGAACAGUACAAGCAAAGGGGUUACAGCUAAUGUUUACAUUCACACAAAUUCAUGGAACAGCAUAAAAAAAUGAGUAACAAUUAUGUUAAAAAGAUGUUUACUACCUUAAGAAAGUAAAAAAAAAUAAAAAAAUAAAAAACUAGUUUUUUGUAAUUAGUUUCAAUAACUUCAAUUUCAAAAAAAUUCAGAGUCCACAACCACGUCUCUGCCAUUUAUCAUGUCCCAGAGAGCAGAUCUAUACAUUAGAUUUUACAUUUAAAUGUACGCUAUCAAACAACAUUGUAUAUUUAAAAGAACCCUUUAGUUCAACAGUAUUGUUACAUUACAUAAAACUGACCAGGGGCUACAUAAUGCCAAAUUGAUGACCACAGCUUGUUACAAAAAUGAAUUCUGCAAUGGAUCAUUCAUCAGAUUACAAACUCGAUGAGUUGUGAUUGAAUCAAGGACAAGUUAAUCACUUGUCUUAUCAUAAAUCGGUUCACGUCAGAAUAUGAACCAUGCAUAUGUCACAGUCUCCUUGAGUGGCUUGUGACUUUGAUUUGAGUUUACAUACAGGUUUCCAAAUGUUGAAUACAUGUAAUUGCCGGGGGUUCAGUGCACUGUCUUGCAUUACAAUAAUUUAUUCUCACCAUUUUCUCGCCAAGAAUUCUCCAUCUUGCAUCAAUAGUCUCUGACAGCUUGAACAAUAGAACAACUUGCCACUGAUUCGUAGUGACUUUUGAUUGAUCCAGUUUUCACUCUGGAAAUCUGAUGUUCCUGGAUUGUUGCUUGUGAUAUCAUUUUUUCCUCAUUGUGGUUAUGUCUACAGUAUUAGCCCACAAUAAGCCUUUAGUGAGUUGAAUUUGAAGAAAAUCCGGUACCAUGAGUUUUUUUAAAUUCUCACGAAAAUACCUCGUGAUUUGGGGCAAGCU